AUGGUGGUGAAGACCUACAUGGACAUGGACCAGGACAGCGAGGAGGAGAAGCAGCAGUAUCUGAACCUGGCUCUCCAUCUGGCCUCAGAGUUCUUCCUGAGGAACCCCAACAAGGACGUGCGUCUCCUGGUGGCCUGCUGCCUGGCUGACAUCUUCAGGAUCUACGCCCCUGAGGCCCCUUACACCUCACACGACAAACUGAAGGACAUCUUCCUGUUCAUCACCAGACAGCUGAAAGGACUGGAAGACACCAAGAGCCCACAGUUCAAUAGAUACUUCUACCUGCUGGAGAACCUGGCGUGGGUAAAGUCCUACAACAUCUGCUUUGAGCUGGAGGACUGCAACGACAUCUUCAUCCAGCUCUUCAAGACGCUCUUCUCUGUCAUCAAUAACAGUCACAAUCAGAAGGUCCAGAUGCACAUGUUGGAUCUGAUGAGUUCUAUAAUAAUGGAGGGAGACGGAGUCACACAGGAACUACUGGACACCAUCCUCAUCAACCUGAUACCUGCUCACAAGAACCUGAAUAAGCAGGCGUACGACUUGGCCAAGACUCUGCUGAAGAGGACCGUUCAGACCAUAGAAACAUGUAUCGCAAACUUCUUUAACCAGGUGCUGGUGAUGGGCAAGUCUUCAGUCAGUGAUCUGUCAGAACACGUGUUUGAUCUGAUCCAGGAGCUGUUCUCCAUCGACCCUCUGCUGCUCACGUCCGUCAUGCCCCAGCUAGAGUUCAAACUCAAGGUAUAGGACCCA